UUGUAUUGCUUUGUAUGCUGGAUGAUUAUUUUAUUCAAAACCAACAUAUUGAGCAAGCAUAAUUAAACUGUCUGGAUGUGUCAUCAUAUUACAUAAGCUUUUCUUGUUACCUCUAUACGUUUGGACUGAAAUGAGUAUGAAGUACUACAAUUCAGCUAAAUUUGUAUUAAUCGUUUAAUUAUAAGUGUUUCAUAAAUGCAAAAGAAAGAGGCCGAUGGCUUCACGGUCAUCCUAUACAAGAGACGAUGGUUUACACUACUCAUAUUUUGUCUGUGUUCAUUUGGGAAUGCUUACCAGUGGAUUCAUUUGAAUAUUAUUUCUGAUAUAGUUUUGUAUUUUUGGGAUGCUUCCAUUCCAGGGUCAUCUGUAGAUACCAAGACAAUAUCUGUAGAUUGGUUGUCAAUGAUUUAUAUGCUCACUUAUAUUCCAUUGAUAUUUCCUUCUAAUUGGAUACUGAAUAGAUGGGGCCUGCGUGUAACUCUCUUAGUUGCUUCAAUUUUGAAUGCAGUCGGUGGUUGUAUUAAAUGUAUAGCGGGUGCAGUUACGUAUGAAACAACGUUUGGACAAACUAAUAAAUCUAUUCCAUUCAGUAAUAAACUUGGUUUUCCAAUACUUAUGACUGGACAAACUAUUUGUGGAAUAGCUCAGUCCGGUAUAUUGGGUAUACCAGCCCACUUAGCAGCAGUUUGGUUUGGAGUGAAUGAAGUUUCAACGGCUACUGCACUUGGUGUAUUCGGGAAUCAACUUGGUGUUGCAUUUGGUUUUCUAGUACCACCGCUUAUUUUACCAUCGAUACCGUAUAGUUCAAAUGGAACUAAUCAAAUUGAUCCAACAAUAGAUAUGAAUGAAUUAUUCCAUAAAAUGAAACAUUAUAUGAUGAUUAUGUUAUAUUUCAGUGCUGCAUUAAAUAUACUUCCAUUUAUAUUUGUAUUAUUUGGUUUUCGUGCAAAACCUAAAACUGAACCAAGUUUAGCACAAUAUAAACGUAGUGGUUCAUCAGUCAUUCAUAAAUUACAUAUAAAUGAUCAAUUAUCCAUUGAUAAUAGACCUUCAAAUGGAAUUCAUUCAAUAGUCAAUAAUAAUAAUGGUCUACACGAAAAGAAAAAUAAUAUUGAUAAAGAAUUCUAUCCAAAAUCAUUAGAUGUUGAUCAACACUAUUCAACACUUAGUCCAAAUGAACAAUCAUUAUCAUCAUCAUUAAAACAGAAUACAUUAAAUAAGAAUGAUUCAAUCAUGAAUAAUUUUAUAAUAAAUAUUGAUGAACAUAAUGAUAUUAGUAGUAUAGAUAAUUAUUCAUAUCAAUCAUUACAAAAUCAUAUUAGAAAUGAAACUAUUUCAAUGGCAUUAAAACGUUUAUUUAAAAAUAUCCCGUUUGUUUUAUUAUUUAUUAGUUAUGGUAUACUUACUGGUGUCUACUAUGCUGUUGGUACAUUAUUAAAUAGUAUUUUACUAGGAUAUUUUACAAAUUCUACUUUAUCUGGUUGGGCUGGUUUCACCAUGAUUAUUGCCGGUAUAUUUGGAUCAGUAAUAACUGGUGUCAUUUUAGAUAAAACAAAAAAAUUCAAAUUAAUCACAUGUAUUAUAUAUAUACUAAGUUUAUUGUUUAUGGGAAUCUUUACUGGAAUAUUAUAUCUUCGUUCAAUGCCAAUAGUCUUUAUCGUUAUGUUCUUUUUAGGUUUCUUUAUGACCGGUUAUUUAAGUAUUGGUUUUGAAUUAGCCGCUGAAUUAACUUAUCCAGAAAGUGAAGGUUUAUCUUCUGGUCUAUUGAAUACAUCAGCACAGAUAUUUGGCCUUAUACUGAUUCAUGUUGCAACACCAUUAAGAACAAAUUAUGGAGUUUUGCCUGGAAAUUUAUUCCUUACAGGAUUAACAUUAAUUGGAACAAUAAUGACAGUAUUAAUUAAAGAGAAUCUUUACCGUCAACAAGCACAUGAACAAGAAGUCUGAUACACAAAAUGUUCCCGAUGAAUAAACUUUUAACAAAAGCAAUUAAUGAAGAUCUAAAUGUUCAACAUAAUGAAUUCAAUGAAACUUGAAUCAUCCUAUACUCUCAUUUCAUUUCUUUUCAUUUCUUUUUUCUUUUUUUUUUUAAUUUUCUUUUAUUCUUUUAAAUAUUAGAAUGAACAAUUUCCCAAGUGCUCAAAAUUAUGCAAUAAAAUAAUCCAAAUCGAUAUGUGUAUGUGUGUUUGUGAGUGUGUGUGUGUAUGUGUAAUAAGGGAUGGUAAAUGUUUAUAGAUAUACUUGUGUUUAUGCAUAGAUUUACGUAAAAUCUAAUAGAACAAUUCUGUUGAUGUAUUGUUUUGUUUUUGUACUCUUUCACCGUCUCCAUCUCCAUCAUCAUCACCCCCUCCCCACCCCCAUCAUCAUCAUCAUACCCAUCAACAUGUGAAAUAAAAUCAUUUAAUAUACUUGAUAAAAAUCAAAUCUCAACUACCUAAAUAUCAUUUACAUUCUAUUCAUCAUUUAUCAAUUUUUUUUAAAAAUCAAGAUGUUUUUUUUAAGUGAAAUCAUUAAGUGAUUAUGUGAAUGUGUGUGUGAGUGUGUGAGGGCUUGUGUGUGUGUGUGAACAGAAUCAUAUCUAUCUAUCUAUCUGUUUGUUUGUUUGUUUGUUUUUUUAAAAAGAAAAAAAUUUUUUUUUGAUAGUAACAUUGAUUACAUAAUUUUCUACUGUUAUUUAAUUACAUUAUUAUUAUUAUUACUAUUAAUGAUACAAUCUUGUUUUGUUUUAUUUUGUUACUGUAUUAUGAUUAUUUUUUGUUUGUUUGUUUAUUUCUCACAUUGAAUUAGAUUAGAUUAGAUUUGUUUGUUUGUUUGUUUGUUCUUUUCUGACAUACUAUGAAUCUGACAAAAAGAAAAAAGAAAGAAAAAAACAAACAAAAGAAAAUAAUAGAAAAGAAUAUGUAUACAGAGAGAGAGAGAGAGAGAAGAGUGAAUACCUUCAUUGUGUUUUUUUUUUAAUUUUUAGUUCAGAUUUCUAAAAUAUUUACUUGUUUAUAUGUUUCACUUGUUAUUUUUCUUUCUUUCUUUCUACUUUUUCUUUUUUUCUCUUUUUGAUAGUGUCUUAUUUUCUCUCACGUGGAAUGAUGCUUCGUUUUUUUUCUCUCACAUUUUUUUCUUUUGUUUUUUUUUUGGUAUGUUUUAACUUUAGAUUACUACUACUAUUAUUCUUAUUCUUAUGGUAUGGUAUUAGAUCAUUAUGACAAGCAGGUAAACAAAUGUUUGUUUAUUUGUUUGUAUAUAUAUAUUUUUUACAAAUAAAUAAGUUUAGUUUGUUGUCUAUCGCUUACUGUUU